AUGUGCUGCCAUGUUGCAUCAGCUUUCUCUGCAAAUUUCGAAAUCUCUAAUAUCAUCUCUUCUUCGCCUUUCCAGGCAGAUCCAACAUCCCAACAAAGCACUCUUGUCUCAUUCGACUUCAGAGAUCAAGAUACCCCAGAGGUUGGCGCCAACCGCUGUGGUAUCGAAUGGGCAGUUGGGCUAUCACCUCCUGUCCUGUGGCAAGACACCUGUGAUAAUAGCACCUUUGGUGUUCGGGUAACGUCAUGGCACGGUGUGCAAAACUUCUCUCUUGAUCUCAAGCAUACCUACAUUGAUGACAAGGUCGGCGAAUAUCCAUACAACGUGGUCACCAAAUUCGCGCCGGUGAAUCUCACAUUCCUUGGCACGAAGCGCUAUCAUUGCGACUUGUCUCAAGCUGAAUGUGAGAGUGACACUGGAGCCAUCAUCGUGUUCAAUGUGACAAGGUCUAUUGCUUAA